AUGCCGCAGUCGUCGUCGUCGCCGUCGCGGGGGGACUCGGGGGAGGGCAGCCCGUCCAGGGCCCCCAAGAAGCACAGCUCCUUCCACAUCUGGCGCUCCAAGAAGAAGCAGCCCCCGCCGCCGCCGUCGCCGUCCGAGUGUGGGGUGUUCGUGCCGCACCCGCCACUGGACGAGGCCAGAACUUUGGAAGUAGCAGAUGGCGACCACAUUGUUCAAGAGUCCCAGGAAGUUUCCUUGCACUGUGGGGAAUCCCAGUUCUUUCACCUCACCAAUGAGGCAUCUGGCCCCGUAUCUUUGGAGUCUGGAGUGCUUAAAAAGUCCAGAGCACAGCCACCAGAAGAGAACAAAAGAAAGCCAGUGUUGGGGAAACUUGGCAACCUGUUCACGGCAGGAAGGAGAAGGAACACCAGGAACGGGUUCGAGUGCCCCUCCAGCUCAAAUCCCAAAAACGUAACGCCAGCUAAACUCUCCCAGCGGGAGGGUGAGAAGAGUACCGCGCCGGGCGGCCCACCCCCGCACCCCGACGCGUGCCCCGAGGGUCCCACUCCCGAGUCCGAGGGCCAGGGCUCGGAGGGCAGUGUCCGGGCAGGCCCCCUGGACAGCGAGGUGACCCCCGGCUCGGGCAGCCGUGCGGUGGAGGCGGCCGCGGUGCAGCAGGGCCACGAAAGUGCUUCACCUCAAUUAGAGCCUCCGGAGGCUCAGGGAGCGACUUUCCCAGGUGCCACCACCGCUGCCAAGCAGCCGCAUUCCUCGCCAGAGGAUUCCCCCGGGCGAGAGCACGCAGUGACGCCCGCGCCAGGUCUGGGGGAGGACCCUGCGCUCGGCGCUGGCUGCGGCGAGCAGGAGGCCGUCCGAGAUAGCAUUUAUAAACUUCCCAUGUCUAGUCAGCUCACUGGUUUUGAAAAUGUAUCUUUAAGCCCUGCCAAGCCCAAACAUGUGGAGCUAAAUCUUAAACACCCCAAGAAUCUUGACAGCUUGGGAAAUGAGCAUAAUCCUUUUAGCCAGCCAGUCCACAAGGGAAACACUGCUACCAAAAUCUCCUUAUUUGAAAACAAACGGGCCAACAGUAGCCCAAGACAGGCCGACUCUCGAGGCACCAGGAACAUCCCUCCCUCUAAUAAAACAUUUGUUGGCCGUGCAAAGCUGAAUUUAGCCAAAAAGGCCAAGGAGAUGGAGCAACCUGAAAAGAAAGUAAUGCCCAACAGUCACCACAAUGAUGUGCUGGUGAAGGAAAGUCCUGUAGAACCCAAAGCUACUGUCCCUGAAGAAGAGACAGGGACUAGGAGGCCCAGUGUGAGAGGAAAUGAAGGGGAUCCGGCCAAGGAUCAAACGCUCAGUUCUCAGCUUAACCCAAGAGAGAAAGCAGAAGUGCACACAGACGCUGCCUGUCCCUCAGUGGUUACUGCUCUGGCCCCGGUCAGGAACCACACACUCUUGGGAGAGGAUAACUCGAAGGCUGCUGACAGCAAAAGGCUUGACCCUGAAAAUAUGACUGAUCCAUCCCCAAAUAUUGCCGUCCACCUUAAUACCAAAGAUUCACCUCCACCAGCGGUACCCAAGGCAGAGGACACGGUUUGUGACUCACAGCCCCCAGCUGAGUCAUCUAAUGGGCCUUCUUUUCUUUCGACAUCUGCACCCAGCCCCAUGGAUGUUCCUGAAGACAAGUGUACCCAAGUUCCCGUGAGCAGUUUCCCAUGCACUGAUGCACAUGUGCCAGGAAACCAUAAUGGAGUUUUUCCUGCGUCUCAUCAGGAUCAUGAGAACACGCCUCUCUCCGAACCUGGAGGAGAAGGCGAAGUGACCCCUCCUUUGUCCGCAGAGGCUGUGGGAGAUGAGUGCCCAUCCAAAGUCCUUGUCCAGGUCAGAUCCUUCAUGCUUCCCAUGGAGAACACCCAGGAUGUGAACUCCCAGAUCAUCUCAGAUCACUCUGAAACUCAAGAAGUCCACUUGUCAACUUUACACAACGAUGAAAUCGAAGUCGUCUCUGUUGCAAGCUGUGCUCCCCAGAAAGAGGAAGUCCUGGGCAGUAAGAGCACAUCACCCAAACCCCCUCAUGGUAAAGAGGAACAUACCUCAAAACUGAGCCCAGAAGCCGUGCCACUAGCGUCAGAAGACACUCCGCCCAGCCAGGCCCCAACUCAGACCAGCCAACCGGCCCCCACAGCGGAACCCAGCCCCACCAACUCUCCUUACGGUGGAAAGAGAUUAGAAGUUCUGCAAAGGCCAGAUCACCCUGUAGUGAAUGGCCAGGACAGCCCUGCUGGACGUAUGAGCAUCUCUGCUGGUAGUGAUGACAGUGUCCUCGAUUCUUCCUCGGACAUGGAGAAAUUCACUGAAAUCAUUAAAAAGAUGGACAGUUCUGUCUGUGUGCCCCAGAAGAAAAAGAAGGCCAGGGUGCCCAACUCUCCAACCCCUCCCUUCGCCAUGCCACCUAUUCAUGAAGACAAUUUAGAGAAAGUGUUUGAUCCCAGCGUGUUCACCGUGGGGUUAGGGAAGAAAAGAGAAAGUCAGCCGGAGAUGUCCCCGGCUUUACAGCUGAUGCAGAACCUUGAUGCGAAAUCCAGACUGAGGCCCAAGCGGGCCGGUACCGAGCACAGUGUCCUCUUCAAGUCCCUGCAAGCUAACCCGGAUGGGAAAAACGAACCCGUGCUGCCUCCAGAAACCAAUGACAAAGAGAACAGGGACAUCACAAAUGUUGGAGUUAAGAGGUCUCGCCUAGAAAAGAGUGCGCUCUUCUCCGGCAUGUUGGCACCUGCUUUACCACAAGACCAAAUCUUCUCUCCCUCGGUGACAUCAGUCAAGACCAUGACCACGUCUUUCAGCACUUCCCCGAACAGUUCUCUUUCUCGCUCUUCAGGGUUACAGCCCCGGACGGAGGCCGCCCCACCCUGCGGGGCAGACACAGAGCAACCACAUCUACCCAACCACUCCCUGAAGGUCUUCAACUUCGACUCCUCGGCCACAUCUCAUUCAGGUUUCAAAAGCCCAAGUUACAUGGACAAGUAUCUGCACAAGGAGGAAGCCAAAAAAGAUGUAGAUUCCCGAAGCAACCUGCACUUGCCAGAGGUGAAAUUUUCUGAGUUGUCGAAACUGAAGACCAACGAAGAUCCGGAGAACACAAGUCAUCUUGAAAGUGCUUUCAAACCCAGCCUGCCCAACUUUGGAAACAGUGACACUGACUUCGUGGGCCUUUUCAAAUCCAGCCGGUAUGACCCAAACAUUGCUUUUUCUGGACUGUCAUUAUCAGACACAAUGUCACUUAGAGGAAGUGCCCAAAAUAAAAUCAACCCCCGGCCUGGAAAGUUGGUGAUCUACAGUGAGCCCGAGGCCUCUGAUGCGUGCGUGGAAGUUUUCAGAGACGUCCAGGACUGUAGCUCGUGGACCCUCUCUCCAGUGAUUGUCAUCAAGGUCGUUAGAGGAUGCUGGAUUUUGUAUGAGAAACCCAAUUUUGAAGGGCACUCCAUCCCCUUAGAGGAAGGAGAACUGGAGCUCUCUGCUCUCUGGGGUACAGAAGAUACUCUGGAAAAUAAUGAUGAAGCAGAGUCAGCCAAGCCCAUGGUGAUUGGCUCAAUCAGACAUGUGAUCCAGGAUUACAGAGUGAGUCAAAUUGACUUAUUUACGGAACCAGAAGGGUUAGGACUUCAGAAUUCCUACUUUGAUGAUACCGAAGAAAUACAGGGAUUUGGUUUAAUGCAUAAAACUCGUUCCAUUAAAGUACAUUGGGGCACGUGGCUCAUCUACGAAGACCCCGGGUUCCAAGGCAGCCCUUUCAUCCUGGAGCCUGGCGAAUACCCCGACUUAUCCUUCUGGGGCACCGAAGAAGCGUACAUCGGAUCCAUGCGGCCUCUCAAGAUGGGUGGCCGCAAAGUUGAAUUCCCUACGGAUCCAAAGGUGGUUGUCUAUGAAAAGCCUUCCUUUGAAGGGAGAUGUCUGGAACUGGAAACAGAGAUGUACAGCUUCCUCACAGAAGGAGGCGAAGCGGGAGGAAUGACCGGAGAUGAUGGUUUGCCGCUUACAUCAGUGGGGUCGAUGAAAGUGCUGAGAGGCAUUUGGGUUGCCUACGAGAAGCCUGGAUUCGCGGGUCAUCAGUAUCUGCUAGAAGAAGGAGAAUACCAGGACUGGAAGGAGUGGGGAGGCUACAAUGGAGAACUUCAGUCUCUACGGCCUAUCUUAGGUGAUUUUUCCAAUGCCCACAUGAUAAUGUACAGUGAUAAGAACUUUGGCUCUAAAGGUUCCAGUAUCGAUGUGUUAGGGAUCGUUGCCAAUUUAAAGGAGACUGGCUAUGGAGCAAAGACACAAUCCAUCAACGUUCUGAGUGGCGUCUGGGUAGCGUAUGAGAAUCCUGACUUCACGGGAGAACAGUACGUACUGGAUAAAGGCUUGUACACCAGCUUCGAGGACUGGGGAGGCAAAAAUUGUAAGAUCUCUUCUCUUCAACCCAUAUGUUUGGAUUCAUUUGCUGGCCCAAGGAGACGAAAUCAGAUUCACUUGUUUUCAGAAGCACAGUUUCAAGGUUGCAGCCAACAGUUUGAAGAAACGACAAAUCAAAUUGAUGACUCAUUUUCUGCGAAAUCGUGUAGAGUUUUAGGAGGCAGCUGGGUCGCGUAUGAUGGCGAGCACUUUUCUGGUAACCAGUACGUGCUGGAGGAAGGCCACUAUCCUUGUCUCUCUGCAAUGGGAUGUCCACCCGGAGCCACUUUCAAGUCUCUUCGUUUUAUAGAUGCUGAAUUUUCUGAACCAACAAUUAUUCUUUUUGAAAGAGAAGACUUCAACGGGAAAAAGAUUGAACUGAACGCAGAAACGGUCAAUCUUCGGUGCCUGGGAUUCAACACUCUGAUCCGCUCUGUUCAGGUUAUUGGUGGCAUAUGGGUUACUUAUGAAUAUGGCAAUUACAGGGGUCGGCAGUUUCUACUCUCCCCGGCAGAAAUACCUAAUUGGUAUGAAUUCAGUGGCUGCCGCCAGAUAGGCUCUCUAAGACCUUUUGCACAGAAACGGAUUUACUUCAGACUUCGAAACAAAGCCACGGGGUUACUCAUGUCCACCAAUGGAAACUUAGAGGACUUGAAGCUGCUCAGAAUCCAGGUCAUGGAGGAUGUUGGUGCUGACGACCAGAUAUGGAUUUAUCAGGAAGGCUGCAUCAAAUGUAGGAUAGCGGAAGACUGCUGCCUGACGAUCGUGGGCAGCCUGGUCACCUCCGGCUCCAAGCUGGGCCUGGCCCUGGACCAGAACGCGGACAGCCAGUUUUGGAGCAUGAAGUCGGACGGCAGGAUCUAUAGCAAGUUGAAGCCACAUUUAGUUUUAGAUAUUAAAGGGGGCGCUCAGUAUGAUCAAAAUCACAUAAUCCUCAACACCGUCAGCCAAGAGAAGUUGACGCAAGUAUGGGAAGCCAUGGUUCUGUAAACCCGAGACUGCCCUCUCUGGAGGCCCUCCGGACGCUGUGUGAAAACGAGGCAGUGCAGACAGAAGAGCCCAAAGGGAAGAUGGCGCCCCUUCCACCGAGUCAUUCUGGUGCCUACUUGAGUCACUGCCGUAACCGGGGCAAGUGCCUCGUCUCCUCUAAGACUCCUCGUUUUAAACAGCUACUUGCUCUCCUCUCAUUUCUUGUCCUUCCUUUCCAUCUCGAUUUACACAGGUUGUCUCAGGAACAGCUUUGGGGGCGGGGGGUGUCUUUUAAAAAGGUCAUAUUAAAACUUAAAAACUGUAGUUUAAAUUAUUUUCCAUGCAUAACAGGAGAGCAUAUGAACAAAUGUACCAGUUUUUGUGGGCCUACAGAUCCCUUACGCUUUAAAAGGUAGGCCCAAUGCCUAAGUUUGUAAGGGCUAAGAGGACUGUUUAGCCCUUGGGAAGAAAUGCUGGCAGUUGAGCCCUUGACCUUGUCUUUCAUAGGAUCAUGAAUUCUGUUUCACAGCAGAGUGAGGAAAGCUGUACAUCUUCAGACCUAUUGUAAAGAACUGACUUAGGUGUUAACAGAGGAGUUUCGGUGAACACUCAAAUUUAGUAAAUGGUCUGCAGACGUGUAUUAGCAGGAUUUACGCUAGUUUAAUUCGGGCAGCCACAGUGAGAAAGUGCUGCUGGAACAGUGUCACCACAUCUAAUGCAUUAGUCUGUCUUCCCCGCCUACGAGGGCUCAGGCACCGCCAUGCAGCCCCCCCGCCAUGCUCCGGGCUUUUCGCCUCACCUUUCCCACCGGCCUGUCCUGGACGGCCGGCACAGGCCUGUGUGUGGCUGCCUUCCCUGUGGGGUUCCACAGCCAGGUUUUGAGGCCCAGCGACGUCUGAGGGUCCUGCAGCCAUGCUGUGUCACUUGUUUCUGGUAGCAGGAGUCAAAAGAAUGACCAACAAUCCCUCAAGAAACGGAAGAACAGACCUUAGGGGAUGUUUCGGGGUCAAAUCUCAGAAGUCUGGGAUCCUUACAAGGCAAGCAAGCAUCUGAAGAAAGAACGUUGAAAAUGUGUAACUGCUGACAACACACUGGCCCAGAGGGUGCUGUUCAAACAGUUCUAGUUUGGAAUAAAACUGGUGAACAACCUCA